CUAGGUCAAUAAAUAAAAAUGAAAUAUUUCGCGCUUGUUUUACUUCCUUGUUUUUAAGAAAAAAACUAAGAUAUAAUUGGAUAAUGUUAACCACGACGACGCCAUCAGAAUCAUGAUAUCCCCAAGCAUACGAGCUUGUCUCGAUUGAUCAAAUAAAACGAAAUCCAGAUCAUAACUAGAGAAUUAGGAUCAGCAAUACAUACUGGUCAACAACUUUCCCCUCACAAGAUGACUGCACUUGCAUUAAUAAAACGUCAUAGACUUACCACACUAUAUACAUUAUGGUUAUCGUGUGUUGCCAUGGUAACUGGAGCAUUAUUAAAUCCAUCUUUAUUAGGAACAGAACUUGAUAAAAUUACCAGGGAAUCAGUAGGAGUAAACAGUAUGCAGUCACAUCUGGACAAUAUUGAAUUCAAUGCAGUAAACGUAGACAUAUCAGAAAAACUUGCACAACUCUCAGACUCAUUAAGCCAGAAAUUCCGUAGCAGAAUUAAAAUAACUGAAGAUUUAACUAGGACUAUUCAGGGCGAGUUUGCAAAUUUGAACCCCAACAAUGAUGUUGAACAAUGUUGUACAAUUUCCAUUGAGGAAAGAAAUGAGCAAUUCAAGCAAGGGGUCGACUUCAAUAAAUUGUGUAUGCGGGUCUCCGGAUCAGCGGCAGCUCCAGAUACCCGAACUUACCUUAAUGAAGCAAUUUUGAACAAAAUGAAAAAAAAUCUCCAGGACUAUCCCACCUUAAAGUGGCAGUAUUUCGGCAGUGAAAACGGAGUGUUUACAAAAUAUCCAGCGUCAUAUGAUGCGGGAUGUGAUGAAUAUGAUAAUAGGUUCAGGCCAUGGUAUGCUGAGGCUGUCGUCCCUGCAUCUAAAGAUGUUAUUAUUGUCAUUGACAAAUCUGGCUCUAUGGGUACAACCUUAAUGGAUACUGCCAAGAGAGCUGCUAACACUGUACUGGAGACAAUGAAUCCUAAUGACAGGGUGGGAGUUGUUGCUUUUUCCUCAGAAGCCACCAUCUUAGAUGGGAACCUCGAGAGCAAAUUUUGCUUCGGCAGUCAACUGGCUCUUGCGACACCUCAGAAUAUAGCCAUUAUAACAAGAGAUGUUAAUGAGAUAGUCGCUGAUGGUGGAACAUCCUAUGUUCAAGCAUUAGACAAAGCGUUCUCACUGUUGCAUAAGAUUGACAGGGAAACAAAAGGGAAUUCAACAAAAAGAGAUAAAGUAAUCCUAUUUCUCACUGAUGGAGUUCCCACUGAAGGGACUGAUGCUAAUGGACGAAGAAUUAUUCUCAAUAAGAUCAGAGAUGAAAAUGCCAAGAUCAGGAAUGAAGUGGUCAUCAUGACCUAUGGUAUUGGAGGAGCUGCUGAAAAUGCUGGUGCUGAGGCAAUAUUACAAGACAUGGCAGAGCAGAAAAACUAUGAUUCAGCAUAUGGAGAAAUUAGGAAGGGGCUUUUCACUAAAGUAUCAGAUCCGGACACACUUCGUGGAAAGAUGUCAUCCUAUUAUGAUUUCUUCAGUGAUGUAGAGCACGAUAAUGCCAUCAUUACAGUGCCCUAUGUAGAUGCGUCUGGACUAGGCCUGGUGACAUCAAUCUGUCUCCCUGUGUUCUACAAUGCUAAUCUUAAGGGCGUGGCUUGUGUUGAUAUCACAAUGGAGGACCUCCUUGCAGACGUCAUCUAUUUUCGCACAGGUGAAAAAUCGUACGCAUUUAUCAUCGACAAAACUGGGCGUACAAUGAUGCAUCCAUUACUCCCAAAGCCAUACUCGAUUAGUGACGCACCGAUUUUUGUCCCAAUUGAAAGCUUAGAGAGAACGGCUGAGGAGAAUGGUAUUUUAACUUCAAUGAAAAAUGGGACAAAAGGAUCUAUGAAAAUAUCUAAUACGAUGGUAUUCCCCAGAGGGUCAACAUCAAUGGAUGGAGUCUACACAGAGAGUGUGCAGUCAACUUACAUGUGGCAGCCGAUUAAUGGGACAGAUUUCUCUGUGUGUAUUGUGAUGCCAGAUGAUGAUGUCCAAAAUGCCAUGACAACGCAACCAAAGAUAUCCUCACAAGACUUUAAAUACCAUAGGAUUGACAAGGUUCCUAGCUCAUCCCUUUGUAAAAACAUCAAAGCCCCUGCACUUAAAGGUUCACCAAGCAUAUUUUUUGCAGCCAAAUCAUUUAAGAAGCCGUUUGUCUACCUGGAUGGAGUGGAGACACAAAAUGAGAUUGAUCAAAUUGUUGGAUAUAUGACUGACAUUACAAACAAUAUACCUGGUUUUAAGGAUGAUAUCAGAAAUACAGUUUCUGCAUUAGUUGAGACAAAGAACAUUUGGACCCAGGAUGUCCAGUCGAUAUGGCACUAUGUUGGGACAGAAAACGGCAUAAUGAAACUUUUCCCAGGAGCCUUGAAUAAUAAAACUUAUGACCCUACUGUGAGACCAUGGUACAAAAGAGCAGUGAGUAAUAGAGGCAAGAUUACAUUGAAUGCACCGUAUGACGAUGCUCUUGGACUGGGAUAUGUCAUAACACUCAGCCAUACGCUCUAUGAUGGCAAGUCGGGAGGAAAUCAUAAUGAAAAUGAUCCAAUAUUUGGUGUGAUGGGGUUUGAUUUCAACUUUAUGAUAUUCUACAAUAAACUCACUGCUCUCUACCCCAUAUGUGCAGAGGAUGACUAUAGCUGCUUUGUUAUUGAUAGCAGUGGAUUUGUUGUAAUGCAUAAAGACUUUGUGAGCUGUUCAAAUGAGAACCAACAAAUCGAAGGUCUACAUAUAACAGUGAAGGAGCCUUCCAUAGCAACACAUAUGAUAAACAACAAUUAUAUGAGAAGACAGAAGUGCAUCAACUUUGAGUCGAUUGAGGAUCAUUACACCUGGCUAAUGAAUAGAGGAAGCAUAGGGAAUAAUGGCAUUGAUAUGAUUGAUUCUGUACCUGCCUAUGAGCUUCAUGCCAUAGAUUCAACUAACGCAUUUGUGGGAAUCAAGAAAAACUCUGCAUUAGGCCUUGAACAAUGCAAAUGCUCAGCAACGAGUUAUUCCUCCAUUAGUACUACAAGCCCUAUCAAUAACCAAGGCCAGUCAGGAAGUGAUUAUUCCUGCACAAAUGAAGGUGACAAAUUUUGUGAGUGUCCAUGCUUCGGCCAGGCUGACUUUGACUAUUGCACUAAUACAUUUCCACUGGGAAGCGAUGGAUCGCCAACUUGUACCCCUGACCCUCCACCAUUUGAGCUGAAAACUUUGAUUGAGGAGUCUGUUGUGAAUUCUCUAGAUCUUUGCGUGCAGUUGUUCUCAUGUGUUCAACAGUUUAGCCAAAACGAUUGUCUUCAGUCUGGUACAUGCACAUGGUGUAAAAACCCAAAUAAUGCAACCCAGGGUCUCUGCAUGGAAUCUAAAUGCUCAGGGGGAAAUGAUGCCUGUUAUGGCCUUUUUGCUCCCCAAGGUCCAGGGGAUGGUGGCGAUGGCAAUGGCGAUGGCGAUGGUGAUGGCGAUGGCAAUGAAGAAGGAAAUAACCAGACAGGGGUGAUAGUGGGAGUGGUUGUCGCUGUGAUACUUAUUGUAGCAGCGAUUAUAGUCGGUGUUUGCCUUUAUCGUAGGAAACAAAGAGGGAAGAAAAAUAAUGCCCAUGAAAUGGUGGACAAUACAGUUAACUCAAACAGGCAGGCCUCAAACAGGCAGGCGAUGAGCCCAUAUCGAGCACCUAGUAUACCUACAGAGGACACUCUUCCCCCUGCAUUUGGUGAAGCACCAUCUAGGCCCGGAAGUGUCGCUCUAGCCCCAGGUCAAAGUACAACUAAUAUAUACCAUGAGGUUAAUUUCCAGCCUCGACCGGGACAAGUCAACCCAUAUGGUAUCACGAAUCUUGCCAAUGCCGAUUUUGAUACGUAUACACC